UUUCCACAAGAUCUUCAUAAGGUUUUCGUGAGGCUCAUUUGACUGAAGCUUCCUCACAACUUGUCCCUAGCAGAGAAGCGUGUUUUCUUUCGAAAGCGGUGUCCAGGCUACAGGCUGCUGUGGCCUAUGAGGGAUAACGUCAGUGUGGUUAUACUGAGUGCAGGACCAACCUCUGUCAAUUGAAGUGUCGCUUUGUGUUUCAGACAAAAUGUCUUUAUUUGUUAAGAUGUUUGGUGGAGGAGAAAAGGUGAGAAAGAAGCCCUGCCAACAGGAGGAGAUCGAGAAACUUCCAGAGAGAGAGGAGUUGCUGAUGAGAAAGAAAGAAAUUCUGAAGAAAAAGAUUGACCAGGAACUUUUGUUUGCCAUGAAAAACAGCAGAAAAAAUAGGAGAGGGGCUCUGCAGGCUCUGCGAAGAAAAAAGUGGUACGAAAAACAUCUCAAGUACAUUGACUGUGCUGUUAAGGCCAUGAGAUCUGCUCAUGAACACACAGAUAUUAUCAACAAGGUGAAUGACCUGAUCAAAGACCUCACUGAGGAGAAGGAUCCAACUCAAGACUUAUCUGAAGCCCUCUACACAUCUGUGGGAUUCGGAGUGGAAUUUGAUGAGAAUGAGAUGCUGGCAGAGCUGCAGAAGCUGGAAAAGAAUCUAGACAAGAGUCUGUUUGAGAAGGACAGAAUAGAGGAGAAAGUCUCUUGUCCCAGUGAGUCCCUGCCUGCCAAGACAGAGGAAGACGAGGUUGAAGAUGAUUUAGAGUACCUGCGGCGCUGGGUGAACGAACCCUUGUAAACACACCUUCAGCCACAAUGCGCUGACAUUAAAAGGAAAAGGUGAAUGUGCAGGCUGUAAUAAUAAAUAGGAAGAAAUAAUAUGUUAUUGUUCAUAAGUUUCAUGUUUGUGCGCACAUUGAACUCUGAAGUCUCAAUGAAAACGAACAUGUAAUUAAAUCUAAUGUGAGGCAGACACUACUGUAUACUGUAGUAAAGUAUGAGCUCUAUAAUACAUACAUGUUAACAUUACUACAUGACUUUAUG